AUGCAGGCCGCUGCUGCCGCGCUUGGUGCCCGUAUUUUAUCUAAUAUAGCACCCAUCUCUCCCUCCCCCCCUCCCCCAGCUUGGGAACGAAGCUCGGCACCCACUAUACCGGCUACUUCCAGAAAGGUCUGCUGGAGGCGCCAUAUAGGUCCUGCCCGCGAAAUAUGUUGCGCGGCUGCUGGCUGCGCAGGCGUGAAGCAGUGUACGGGCGAGCGUGCUGCGUCACGGCGCGGCGGGAGCGGCUGCAUCCGGCUCGUGCUUGCCUGGUCGGUGGGAGCAGCGGCAGCCAUGUCGGCCAUGGGGACUCUGGCGUUUGAUGAAUAUGGGCGCCCCUUCCUCAUCCUCAAGGACCAAGAGCGCAAGACGCGCCUCAUGGGGCUCGAGGCGCUCAAGUCUCACAUAAUGGCAGCAAAGGCUGUAGCGAGUACUCUGAGAACAUCCCUUGGGCCCAAUGGCUUGGAUAAAAUGAUGGUGGACAAGGAUGGUGAGGUGACUGUGACAAAUGAUGGUGCUACCAUCCUGAAUAUGAUGGAUGUGGAUCACCAGAUAGCCAAACUCAUGGUGGAGCUAUCUAAAUCUCAAGAUGAUGAGAUUGGAGAUGGAACUACUGGAGUCGUUGUUCUGGCUGGAGCAUUGUUGGAACAGGCUGAGCAAUUACUAGAUCGUGGUAUUCACCCUAUCAGAAUAGCAGACGGUUAUGAGCAGGCAGCCCGCAUUGCUAUUGAGCAUCUAGACCAAAUCAGUGACAGCUUUCCAGUUGAUCCACAGAACAUUGAACCUCUGAUCCAGACAGCAAAGACAACGCUAGGCUCUAAAGUAGUUAACCGUUGUCACAGACAAAUGGCAGAAAUUGCUGUAAAUGCUGUACUGACAGUAGCAGAUAUGGAACGUAAAGAUGUUGAUUUUGAGCUGAUCAAAGUACAAGGCAAAGUGGGAGGUAGACUGGAAGAUACACAGUUGGUUAAAGGAGUGAUUGUGGAUAAAGAUUUCAGUCAUCCACAGAUGCCUAAAGAGCUUAAAGAUGCUAAAAUUGCAAUCCUUACUUGUCCGUUCGAACCACCAAAGCCUAAAACCAAGCAUAAGCUUGAUGUCACAUCUGUGGAAGAUUACAAGGCACUGCAGAAAUAUGAAAAGGAGAAGUUUGAAGAGAUGGUGAAACAGAUAAAAGACACUGGUGCAAACCUUGCUAUUUGCCAGUGGGGUUUUGAUGAUGAGGCAAAUCACUUGCUGCUCCAGAAUGAGCUGCCUGCUGUUCGUUGGGUUGGUGGACCCGAAAUAGAAUUAAUCGCCAUUGCAACUGGAGGACGCAUUGUUCCUCGCUUCUGUGAACUGACGGCGGAGAAACUGGGUUUUGCGGGUAUUGUCCGAGAGAUCUCCUUUGGAACAACGAAGGACAGAAUGCUCGUCAUUGAACAGUGUCAGAAUUCCAGAGCUGUGACCAUUUUCAUUAGAGGAGGAAACAAAAUGAUUAUUGAAGAAGCAAAGCGAUCUCUUCAUGAUGCAUUGUGUGUAAUCCGGAAUCUUGUUCGUGAUAAUCGUAUUGUAUAUGGUGGUGGUGCAGCUGAAAUUUCUUGUGCCUUGGCAGUCAGUGAAGCAGCAGAUAAGUGCCCAUCUUUGGAACAGUAUGCUAUGAGAGCUUUUGCGGAUGCCCUGGAGGUAAUUCCCAUGGCACUUUCGGAGAACAGUGGUAUGAAUCCAAUACAGACUAUGACCGAAGUGCGGGCUAGGCAAGUGAAAGAAAAUAAUCCAGCCCUCGGCAUCGACUGUUUGCAGAAAGGAACAAAUGAUAUGAAGCAGCAACAUGUUAUAGAAACCCUGAUUGGCAAGAAACAGCAGAUUUCUCUGGCGACUCAGGUUGUUAGAAUGAUUCUGAAGAUUGAUGAUAUCCGUAGGCCUGGAGAAUCUGAAGAGUGAAGGUUGGAAAGAAACAUUAAGGGGGCCACAGCAGUAGCGAAGACGGUAGUAUUCUGAUGCUUCAUCUUCAGCUAUUUAUUUUGGACACUUUUUGUUUCAGAUACUGUAAUGGCUAAUUGUUGGAAAUAAAACACAAUUUAGCACUGAUGAUUUCAA